UGGACUUAUAUAAAUUGAAAUUUUUGGGAAAAUAAAUUAUUUGCAUAGGAAUUCGGUAAAUAAUGAGCAAUAGGAAAUCAAAAUUGCUACAAUCUCUGGAGGAGUCUGUGCCGCCCAUCGAUCAUGAGGACGUUGUCCGGAUGAUUGCCGACCAGAUCCGCCAACCUAUAAUAAAUCCCAUAAAACUGAAUCAGGAGAAUGAGGAGAAACUGAGCAUACUGCAUCUAGAAGAUGCCAUUAAGUUUAGGGACACGAUGCAGAGCUUCCACGUUUCGCCUACUGCGGAAUCUCUCGAUGAGGUGAUGCCCGUAAAGGAUGAGGAUCUUGGCGAGAUGCUAGAGGUCCUUACCGACACGAAUCUCGAUGAGGAAGAUGAAGAGGAUUAUGAUGAAGAGGAUGACGAUGACGAUGAAGAUAAUGAUGAAGAAGAUGGGCUAGAAGACUCCAGGGAUGGCGACGAAAAUAUUGCAAAAACAGGCGAUCAGACAUUGGAUCAUAAUAUGCAUAUAUUUGGUUAAUUUCAGAUGUUGAAUAUUUCAAAAUAUUAGAUCUCAAACAUUUGAGCUAGUAAAUGAAAUUAAAAAGCAAAUUAAACUCGUA